AUGGCAUCCGCAUCCUCUCCUCUGCAAAUCGUGGACGACGAUGAUGAAUUCGAUUGGGAAGCAGCUGUGCACGAAAUCGACGUGGCGUGCCAGGCGACUGCUGCCGCAGUCGUUCCUAAUUCACAUCGCAAGCAAGAGAUGUUUGUGAAUGUAGAUGAAGAAAUGCGGAAAAAGGGGAAAUUUGAUGCUAUUAGUUUAGCGCCUUCGACUAGGCAGACUACUUUAGAUAGAUUUAUUGGGGCUUCGUCUUGCAAUUCGAGGAAAUUUGAGGAAAGGGUGGAAAUUUCGUGUGGGCAGCAACGUGUGAGUAGUGGUAUUGGGGAAAAUAUUUGUCGAGAAACUGAGAAGGUUAAUGAGUUUGUUAAGAUUGAUGCUGAGACUGCCAAGACAUGGAUUUACCCUGUAAAUGUCCCCGUUCGUGAAUAUCAGUUAUCUAUUACCAGGACUGCACUGUUUGCCAAUACUUUAGUGUCACUGCCAACAGGACUUGGCAAAACUCUAAUUGCUGCUGUAGUCAUGUAUAACUUCUUCAGAUGGUUUCCUGAAGGAAAAAUAGUUUUUGCUGCUCCUUCUCGACCACUAGUGCUGCAACAAAUAGAAGCUUGCCAUAAGAUUGUUGGUAUUCCGCAAGAGUGGACUAUUGAUCUAACGGGACAGAAAAGUCCUUCGAGAAGAGCAGAACUUUGGAAAUGCAAACGCGUUUUUUUUGUUACCCCACAAGUGUUAGAGAAGGAUAUACAGUCUGGUCUGUUUCUCAACUUGUUCUUGAUUAAAACUUGCCUGUUAAUUAGUCACCCUAUUCGAUAAAAAAAAACUUAUACAAUUUGACCAAUGUUGCAGUUGAUGGAUGCUUCCACCCAACUAAGAAUACUAGGUUUGUCUGCAACACCCGGAUCUAACCAGAAGACAAUCCAGCAUGUCAUUGACAAUCUUCAAAUAUCAACACUUGAAUACCGGAGUGAAAGUGAUCCAGAUGUACAGCCUUAUGUGCACGAUAGAAAGAUAGAACUAAUUGAGGUACCAAUGGGUGAUGAAGCAAUCGAUAUAGAUAGUCUGCUUUUGGAAGUUGGACGUCCAUAUCAUGCCCAACUUUGCUCAUUUGGGCUGCUUCCUAAGAGAGACAUCAAGACAUUGAGCCCCUGUGAUUUUCUAAGAUCAAAGGAGACAUUUUGCAAAAAGCCGCCUGCAAAUGUUCCUCUAUCAAGGCAUGGUGAAUUCAUGGGUUAUUUUGCUGCUCUUGUUACUUUGCACCAUCUCAGGAAAUUGCUUUCAAGCCAUGGUAUAAGGCCUGCAUUUGAGCUGCUUGAUGAAAAAUUGAAAAAAGGGUGGUUUGCACGACUGCUAAGCAGAAACGAAGCAAUUUUGAAAGCAAAACUUAUAAUGCAGAAAACUAUUACCCACGGUGCUCCUAGCCCCAAACUAACAAAAAUGCUGGAAGUACUGACUGAACAUUUUAAGGUAAAAGAUCCAAAAAACUCCAGGGUGAUAAUUUUUUCAAAUUUCAGGGGUAGUGUCAGGGACAUACUUGAUACACUUAAACACAUUGGGGAAUCUGUUAAAGCUACAGAAUUCAUUGGACAAAACACAGGAAAAAACUCAAAAGGACAAUCCCAAAAAAUUCAACAAGCAGUUCUAGAGAAAUUUCGGACAGGCGGGUACAAUGUCAUUGUUGCAACUUCAAUCGGUGAGGAAGGUCUUGAUAUCAUGGAAGUUGAUCUUGUCAUAUGCUUUGAUGCUAAUAUCUCGCCUUUGAGGAUGAUUCAACGCAUGGGGAGAACCGGGAGGAACCAGGAAGGACGAGUUGUAGUUUUAGCAUGCGAAGGGGCAGAAUUGAGAGGUUAUAAGCAAAAGCAAGCGAAUGGCAAGUCUAUAAGUAAGCACAUGAUACAUGGUGGCACAAAGAGUUUUAAUUUCCACCCGAGUCCAAGGAUGGUUCCACAUUUUCUCAAACCAGAACUGCAAUUUCUUGAAAUGUCAAUUGAAAAAUUUGUUCCUUGUGGGUCAAAAGCAAAGGACUCUGAACUCAUUCCAGGGCCAGCAUACAAGGACAAAAUUACAGAUGCUGAGAAAGAUUUGCUCGCCAAGUAUUUUGUCGCCACUCAAGAAGAUGCUUGGAGACCAUCUCUCAUUGCUUUUCCUCACUUCCAGGCAUAUCCAUCGCCUGCAAACAGUGUGCUGCAUUCAUCUCGAACGCAGCUACUAAUAGAUACCAUGCAGGAUUUGCAAGACCUACCAUAUUCUCACGAUCGCAAUCCCUCAGCAGAGGACGAUGUCAUUCUAGAUCCUUGCUUGAGAGUUUCAGAGGCAGAGCCUCGUGAUAACAUUAUAGAAGAGAGGUAUACUGAUCCUGCUGAAGAGGAAUCGAAUAGAGAAGCGGAAGAAUCGGGUCGAGAGCUUCAAGUGACUGUGAAAGAUCUGCAGAGCGAAGACUCUCACAAACCAAAAACUUGGCUUCAUACCUUCCUCUUUGCUUCAGAAUUUGUGUCUGUUGAUAGUGUUGGAAAUGUCCUGGUAUUAUCAUUACCUAAAGUGCCUCUAGAUUCGAGUUCUAAACGAAUUGAAUCUAGAAGUAUGGCUUCUCUUGAUCACUCAAUACAGGAACGUGUAGACUGCGCAGAGAUUCCUCUGCAACCUAUAGAUAAUCACCCUUUGCACCCAAGACCCACCGAAGUCACUGUACAUGAAUUUAGUGUAGGUGACCUCUCAUCUAAAGAUGCGAAGAAGUUCGACGAGGCUGAGGAAAUUCUCCAUUCCCCAGUUUCAAGCAGAAUGCAGAACGAAAUGGAUAUUUCAGACCAGGAUCUUAUAGAUUUCUAUCUUAGUCCGAGACUGACUAAUUUAAUCAAAAGUGGAGUUGUUCCAGAAUCUCCGAUAAAUGAUUCUGGGAUGUGGAAGGGCAACCAAGGUGAUGGUAUCGCUUGUCCUGCUCUCGUUUCUCCCCCAAAUCUGGAAACUGAGCGUUUCCUAAACUCUUGUCAACAUGACAAGAGGGAAGAUAUAAAUGGCAGCUUGGGGGAGAUGGAUAUCGACAAUGGCAUUCGAACACCUCCACGGGAUUGCAACACGGGCACAGUGGGAGCAUGCUCCUCACCUGUUCCCGUUACAAAUGAGCUGCGAACUCCUGUUACUAAACUCUCGGACAGGAGUAGCAGUAAAGAUUGGACUCCAGAUUGUGGUGUCCAGCCUGAAAGUGUCGAGCAGCCGUUCAAGUUCCGUAGGCUGCGGAAGCUUGGAGAUUGCAACAGGAAAGUUCCAACAGAAUCCAGAAACUCAUCUGGUGCAGGCGAAAAAUAUGUUUCGAGAAGGAAGUCUCUUAAUAAACCUCGAGGUGAGAAGAAGCAAGCAAAAGGCGCUGCAACAUAUAUUGAAGAAGAAGCCGAGGUAUCAUCUGAUGCUAUGGCGUCGGAUGACGAGGAGGAUGUACAAGAGGACAGUUCGUUUGAGGAUAGCUUCAUAGACGACGGGAUCAAUCCUACAACUUCUAAUACCCAAGCUGCCAGCACUAGGGUUGACAUGAUGGCAAUAUACAGGCGAUCGUUACUCAGUCAAUCUCCAUUUCCAAGACCCCCAAGCUUCCCAUCAAGCCACAGUCCCGACUCUGUGGUUCAAAGCAGCAAAAUGGAUGGAAGCGGAAGCUCAACAGGAACAGGACGCGACGAUGCUCCUCAAACUGGCUCUGAAUCAACUGCCAGGAACAACAAAGGUGCAGGCAACGGGGUUCCCACAGAGAUGCUCGAGAGCAGGCCGGAUAGUCGGAAAAGAAAACUGAGCCUCCACCAAGCACACUCCCUACCAAUGCUUAAUUUAGACACGGAGUUCUCUCUACUCUCCGGGGCUGCACAUGAGAACUCGACUGCGCACGUACAUGUAGAGACAAUGGAAAAGGCCGUAGAUAUUUUUGAAGACGAUGAUUUUUAUGAAGGGAUCGAUCUUGAUGCACUAGAAGAAGAAGCUACAAAGCUGUUCAAGAAUAAAACAGAGCACUCAACAGAAAAAAUAGUAGGUUCAGAUGAAAUUAAAGAACAAAAUUUUGGGAUUUUUGAUGCGCCUUCAUUUGAUCUUGGUUUUUGAUUUGUUUACGGACUUAAAAUAAAUAAAUUAUUUUAUGUGUUAA